AAAAAAGUCUUUAAUUUGUGUAACCUAACUAUAAAAAUUAGCAGUUAUGUCAAUCGGCAUCAAUGGCUUUGGCCGCAUAGGCCGCUUGUUCCUACGGGAGGCAAUCAGGCGACAAGAUGUACAAGUGGUGGCAAUUAACGAUCCAGCCAUGGAGCCCAAAUAUAUGGCUUAUAUGCUACGUUUCGACACGACGCAUGGCCCGUUCAAGAAGAAGAUUACCAUCGAUGGAAAGACUCUGAUGGUAAAUGGUCUAAAGAUAAACGUCACUAACGAAGCGGAUCCGAAAAAAAUAAACUGGAAAGAAAAUUCAGUCGAUACGGUGGUUGAAUGUACUGGUCGAUUUACCACACUGGCAACGGCCAAGGUGCAUCUAGACGCCGGUGCAAAGAAAGUGGUAAUCUCUGCACCGUCGUCGGAUGCGCCAAUGUUUGUGUGCGGCGUUAAUUUAGACCAGUACAAGCCAAACAUGAAGAUCAUAUCUAAUGCCUCUUGUACUACCAACUGCCUGGCACCGGUGGCCAAAGUGGUGCAUGAUAAUUUUGAAAUUGUGGAAGGCUUGAUGACAACAGUCCAUGCCUGCACAGCCACGCAAAAGAUUUUAGACGGACCAAGUGCUAAGGCGUGGCGCGAUGGUCGCAGCGGAAUGUGCAACAUAAUCCCCGCAAGCACAGGAGCUGCCAAGGCUGUGGGGAAGGUAAUACCUUCCUUGAAUGGUAAACUAACCGGUAUGGCUUUUCGUGUGCCCACGGCAAAUGUUUCCGUUGUCGACUUGACCUGCCGUUUGGGAUGUUCAGCUAAAAUGGAGCAGAUCAAGGCGGCUAUCAAGGAAGCUUCCAAGGGUGGAAUGAAAGGCAUAUUGGGCUACACAGAAGACUCUGUCGUCUCAUCAGACAUGAAUGGCUCACGCUAUGCCUCAGUGUUUGAUGCCAAUGCGUGCAUUGCACUUAAUGAUAAUUUUGUAAAGCUGAUUUCAUGGUAUGACAAUGAGACAGGCUACUCGUGUCGUUUACUCGAUUUAGUUUUAUAUUCGCAAAAGAUGGACAAAUGCUAAUAAAAGUAAAUGCAAGAACUUUUAGAGUC